AUGGGAGAAGAAGCUCAACAACAACAAUCUCUGCCUCAGACUCCUAAAAAGAGAGGCAGACCACGAAAGAUUGUUGAGAGAACCGAAAGUGAAGUAAAAGAAGAGGAAGCAGCUGAAGUUACCGAGAGCCAAUCAAAGAAACUAAAAACUACUGAGGAACAACAGAGGGAUGAUGAUGAUGAUGAAGAAGAACCGCAACAAGAGCAAAAUCCACAGGCAAAGGCAGAGGCAUCAUCAGCUUCGAUGGGAGGCCCGAAGAAAGGAGAGGGACAAUCAGUAUCACUUAAGGAGCCUCCAACAAGGAAAACAAGAAGAAAAAGCAAACCCAGAAAGAGCAGCUAA